CUGGGACGCUCCUCUACACAACUACCUCAGCGCCGCCCCUGGCCGCCGCACCACGCCCGCCCCCAGGUUUUUGCACUGCCAUAGGGCGCCCCCGUGAGGCCGCUUCACUCUCCCAACAUGUUCCAGCGCCUCGCCAGCCUCUUCUUCAGCAACCCCCCGCCCCCCGAAGACCCCGAUUGCUCCCAUGCCUUCGUCUCGGAGGAAGAUGAAGUGGACGGCUGGCUCAUCAUUGAUCUGCCGGACAGCUACGCGGCUCCACCCAGCCCUGGGGCCGCCCCUGCCCCCGCAGGCCGCCCUCCGCCCGCGCCCUCCUUGAUGGACGAGAGCUGGUUUGUUACCCCUCCCGCCUGUUUUACUGCAGAGGGCCCCGGACUCGGGCCCGCCCGCCUCCAGAGCAGCCCCCUGGAGGACCUCCUCAUCGAGCACCCCAGCAUGUCCGUUUACGUCACCGGCAGCACCAUAGUGCUGGAGCCUGGGCCCCCUUCCCCGCACCCGGACGCUGCUCUGCCGGACGGCGACCUUAGCGACGGAGAAUUGGUGCCCGCCCACGGCGAGCCCCGGGCCCUGCACCACGCCGCUGCUCCUCUGCCGGUGCGGGCCGUGCUGCUGGAGAAGGCGGGCCAGGUGCGGCGGCUGCAGAGGGCCCGGCAGCGGGCCGAGCGCCGCGCGCUGGGCGCCAAGGUGUUGCAACGGCAGAACCGCGCCCGCGAGAGCCGUCCCCGCCGGCCUAAGCAGCAGGGCAGCUUCAUCUACCAGCCAUGCCAGCGUCAGUUCAACUUCUGAGCCUCCGUCGGCCGCGCCACCGCCCCCUCGCCGACUCACGAUCCCCUGUCGGGCCCCUACGCCGCAACCAGUGUGCUGCUCGAAGGGUGGCCGUGGCCUGCCUCGGGCUGGACCCCACAACCUCCCUCCUUCUUAAAGUGUGUGAGGUGGAGUGAUAACCCUUCCUUCCCCAACUCCCUCGACUCCCCCCCCCCCCCUCCGAUCAUCUAAUCCCCCUCUGAACCCCUCCUGCCCCUUUUACCUUCCCUCCUCCUGGCCUCUAUGCCCAGCAUUUAAUCCUUCAUCCUCCUGCCAAACAUCCUUCCUUGUCUGGUCCCCAUCCCUGUCUCUCUACUUCACCCUUGUCCUCCAGUCCUCUUCCUCUGGCCCACCCCUAUUUCUGAGAGCCUCUUCCAGUCUCUCAUCUGGCUCGUUCCCCACCUUCAACUCCCACCUUACAUGACUCACUCUAUCCCAUUUUUGGCAUUACACUCACUCCUAUUCCCUUAUUCAGUCCCAGUAACUCCCUCCCAAAUGGAUAGGGGGAGGGGACCCUGAGCCCAGCUCUGACCAGGUACAACCUGUGCAGCCUGGGCCACUGUCCCUGCCCUCCAAUAAGGGCUCAGGCCCAGGGUUUUCCUUUUAGUCUCCUUUUCUCUGCCCUGGGGGCUGGGCUCCUUUCAGCUGCUUAGGCCUGGAAAGGUAAAAAAGUAUGUGGAAAGAGGACCGUGAGAUGUGAGUUAGAGGGAGAAGGUGGAGGGAAUCAAGAGAAAGAGGCAGCCUAUUGGAGAUGUAGACAGGACAGACAGAUUGAGAAGCAGUAGGGAGCAGGGCACCAUGGGAGCUGGCACUGUGCUUGCUCAGAGAGGCCAAGCCCUGCUCUCAGGCUAGAGCCUGGAGUCAGCCCCACUUCUCUAUCCUAUAAUCCCACAUCCCAAAUCUCUUUCUGAAAUCCACCCCUCUGCAGGCCCCUGAGUCUGAAGGGCUUAGUUAGUACCUUGCCACCCUAACCCUGACAUGCCACUCCAGGAGUAAAAGCUAGGCGAGGCUCUGCUGUCCUGGCCAUCUGUUCAUAUGCCCAAGGUGCUAGAACUAGCUUAGGAGAGAUGCAGGUCAGAGGGCUUCUAGGCAAGGAAAGGGCACACACUCCAGGUAAGAAUGCAGAGGAAUGAUGCUGAAGAGGACAAGCUGUGUGUGAAGCCAUCCCAAGACUGACAGCUCAGCCUUCAUCUUGCCUCUGGGAUUGAAUUUUGGGCUCAGACACCAGCAACAACCUCUUGGGAUGCACUGAGUUGCUUACCAUUUCCUUUCUAGCUGUCCUUUUCUAGUGUGUGCUCUUUCUUCCUUGAAACUUGUAAGAUUUCCUGCUACAUGCUAACAUAGGUCUUCCCACUUGCUCUAAUUCUGGUUUCAGACCUCACAGCCGAGCUGAGGCUUGGAGAAAAUUCUGCAUUCCCAUGAGGGCAAAGGCAGCUGCCCUCCCUGACCCUAUAGCCCCAGGCCUCAUGUGGGGUGUAUGGGAAAGGGAGUGAGGUAUCCCCAUGGAUGCUGGGAUGGAGACAGAGGAAGCCCUGUUGGCAUCUCCUAUCCCAGGGAAUAAUUCAAAUUGGCACUAAAAGCAGAUCAGAGUCUCCACACCAGUCCACUUAGGGCCUCAGUAGUUGACAAGCUUGCUCCUCUGUCUGUGUUCUUCAGUUACAACCUAGUCCCUUUUAUUCUUCCAGCUACCCCUUGGGCACUUCACAGCCAGCUUAGGGUCUUCAGCACUUUCAGUAGCUGAAACUCCCUCCAACCUUUCUUGCAUAUUCCUUGCUGCCAGCUGGAGCCUGAGCUCAGUCCUGAGCAGUGCCCAUGACCCUUCUGGUAGGGGAAGAGUUUGAGUUAAUAGGGUAUUUGGCACAAAUUUCAAAAGAUCCUGCCUCUACCUAUAUUUCUGGAGGCUCCCAUAGUUCUAGAACCCUCCAAUUUCUCACUUGGCGGGUAGCAAGUUUUUUUUUUUUUUUUUUGUACUUUCCUAUAGAUUCUGUAGCAUUUGGGUGUGGCGAUAUUUUAAUUGUGUACAGAUUUCUAAGAACCAACACUACUCAGUCUCCUGCUAGUCUGACUCCUGAAGCAUCAGACCUUAUCAUACUGUAUUGACUGUGUAUGUGCCUUUCACCUUGAGCAUGCUUCAGGACUUUUUUUUAAAGCACAGAACUUGAAAACAUAGAGAACCAGAAUUCACAAAGUCCUAUGCAAACUUAGACAGGAGGGGGUUAGAGAGUCUGUCUUGACUGAUGUUUUCAGAGACCCUGGAGAAGUUUGUACCAGUUUGUGAGUAUUAAUGUCGAUACUACCAGCACUUUGCCAAAAUUAAGUACGUCAGAGGGACCCUUGUUUCUAGAGUGAGUCCCAAUUACAUCAAAGGGUGACUUCCAGUUAUUCACCAAUAAGUCUGAGUGGUUCCCUCAAGCUGGGCAUCACUUUCCAGCCUUUGCCAGUCUAGCUCCAGCAGGGCACCAUGUGUGUAUGAAUGCAGUUUUGGUGCUGUUUUGGAGUAUGCUUGCUCCCCAGUCUGUCUGGAACCCUGUGGUCAACUUGCUCAGACCUGUAAUGUCAUAGGUGCAACAAAGACCCCCACCAGAGCUCUUGGAUGCCUAUGCAGAUCCACAUGGCUUUACAUGAGGGCACUGAAUGCAGAUGCACCAUAGCCCACUUCUAAUACCUUCUCUCUUGCCCUGCCACCUAGUUCCAAAAGGAACCAACAAGUUGAAUGAAACCCUAUUGGGUGUUUUCUGUUGAGACUGGCUGAAAUGAGGAGACUUUGGUUGAUCAUGUUAUGACAUGUCAACAGACUCAAGGACACGACCACCUUGACCUGGUCAUGUGGCAUGCCUGUGUAUGUGUGUAACAGGAUUCUGACUGUUAGAUUGUAAUGCUAUUCCUGUAUGGGAGAAAAAAAUUAAUAUAAAGAAAAACAAAUAAAAAUCUAUUUAAAGCACA